AUGAAGCUCACAAAGUAUGUGAUUCUGAUCUUUGCCAUUUUCUAUUGCCUGACGGGCACCAUAGCUGUCACCUGUGAUGAUGAUCCCGACGAUCCCAACUGCGUUGAUUGUGACGCCGAUCCCGAAAACGCAGAAUGUCCCAUCACGAUAACCACAACCACUGAGGCGGUAGCCACAACAACCGCAGUGGCUCCGACUACAACCACAAGGAGAGCAUUGAGGCCAAGGAGGCAGCUCAUUGUCAACAAACUGAAUUUAAUACUCAACCGAAAAAAAAACUUCCUGAGAGCUUUAUCCGGCUGA